AUGGAGGAGGGACUCAUACUGAAGCGGGCGACCUGUUGCCAGACGUUGACUAGGAUUGAGAACCUGAUCAAGCAAACCCCAAGCCAGCAUAUCGAGUCCUCUGAUCUGAAAGCGGCAGGUAUCCGCCACCUCCCCUUGUCCCUUGGAGAAGAUGCCCAACAUCAUCCACGCUUCUUCAAGCCAUACCAAGAAGAACUGCCUCUCCCGCCAAAGGGGAGUGAGGACAGGCUCCUGAAAUUUAAGCCUAACCCAAAUCAUAUCAUGUGGGAGACUCGCGCAAUGCAGCUCCUUUUCACUGACCACUUUUAUGAUUGCUGGGACUAUGCAUUGGAGAAACACCCCAAUAACCCUCCGCCCUCUGGCUCAUAUCGAGAAAUUGGAGAUUACAGAUUUGGCCAACUGCUAGAGUGUAUAGAUUUCAACUGGUAUGCCGUGUCAGUAGCCGAUUAUCCCGCGGGAAACUACCCACACUUCAAGGUCAUCGUGGAAAGUGAUGUGAACGGGGAUGAUCGACUGCUUCGCGGAGAAAUCAUGACCAUCACCAAUAUCAUGGCUGCUCGUCUACGGACCAAGUCGCUGCGCCCUCAUAUUGUUGCCCCGUUGCUGGUCCUGUCUCUCAUGGGUCCUCGUCAUGCUCGCGUCCUGGAGGCUGAUCUUGAUGGAGAGAUCCUUAAUAUACGCGCUUCUAGGUUGUACGAUUUUACACAAAGGAACACCGAUGUCGCGCAAUUGUUGACGCGGUAUUGGCUCGGUGACGCGUGCGGUCAGACUACGAUGGAAAGGUCUUAG